GCAUUUGGGGGUUGUAUAGUAUUGCGUGGGUGAGAGAUAGGAUAAGAUCGAGAAGAGAGUGAGGGAGUGAGCGUGAAAGAGACGGAAGGAUGGCGGCGGCGGCCUCAAUUUCAAGUGCGGCUGCUGCUGCAGCUAUGAUUAUCCAUCAUCAUCAUCAUCAUCGGACACGGCUAAUACCUUCUUCUUCUUGUUGUUCAUUAAGGAGGUGGCCGAAGCUCAAAACAGAGCUUUUGGGGGGAAGAUGCGGCGGCCCCUCAUGUGGGCGCACCAGAAUAAGUUGCUGGUUCAGAUUCGGCGGCGGCGGAAAGAGUAGUAGGAGGCAGCAGCAGUCACGAGAUGACUUUGAUCGAGAUGAUGUUGAACAGUACUUCAACUAUAUGGGUAUGCUAGCAGUAGAGGGGUCUUAUGAUAAGAUGGAGGCUCUGUUGAACCAAGAUAUCCACCCCGUCGAUGUUUUGCUACUUCUGGCUGCUUCAGAGGGAGACCAGCCUAAAAUCCAAGAGUUACUCACAGCGGGUGCCGAUUACACUGUCAAAGAUGCUGAUGGCCGCACCGCGCUUGAUAGGGCUGCAGCUCAUGAUGAGGAUCUCAAAUCCUUCAUGCUCAAUCUCUCACUCCCUUACCUAUAGUUAACAUUUAACAACUUAUAUUUAAUUGCUGCUGUAACAAAUCAUAAUGAACAUCUUGCAUUCAGUUUAUAUAUGGUCUCGAUAUGCGGCCACAAUUUACUUCUAGUACAUUAUACUAAACUUCUAUGUAAUGGUGCAUCAUACUCCGUAUUUAACAUUAAGGAUGUCUUUAGAGAUACAUCUACUCGGUCACAUUUAGGUUUUGUGAUAUUUGAAAUCAACUGCCUACGCAUUUAUGAUAUUUGUAUUCCUGUUGGUGCAUAUUUUAUCACUAAAUAAAUGAAACUUAUGUGACAUAACACAAUGUUUUAAAAUGGCC